ACAUAUAAAAUGACAGCGAUGUUCAUGUUCAUUUUAUAGCCAUCGCUGACGCCGUUUUUUUUUUCGAUCAUACGGUAUAUCUCUUGUCUCUGGUCUAUGGUCUAUGGAAUUUAUAAUCUAACCUUAGAUUCUAGGCGCUUUUUGCUUUUUUCAGCUUUUUUGUAUGUUUUUUUUUCAUAAAUUACAUACAUUACAUGUCUGAUGUCUAUGUCACAGUCCACAGUCACAGUCUAUGUUUCAUGUGAAAAUGAGCGAUUUAGAAAGAAAAAAAGCAAUUUCUAAUAAAUCUAGACCUGUUGCUCGCGCCAGUUUAUCUGGUAGUAAAAGUUUUUCAAACAUGCUUACUAGUACACCAUCAAAAGAGAAGAAAGAUUCAAGUUCGGAAGAGAUAAAACAGCCUACAAUAUUAUCGAAGAACAGAGAAACAGUAAGCGAUGAAAGUACACUUAAUUUCAGAGGAAUACCAAAAGAAAAUGAUGCCAGUUUGGGUGUUGCUUCGAGAGAAAACCCAGGAACACCCUUUUUGAAAUACAUGAAACAAUCAAUAAAGCUCAUAGACGAUGGAAUAAUUAAUACUGAACAUUUACAAGAUUAUCUUCAGGAAAACAAUAAUUUUCUUGUUAUCGGAGUUAUUGGUGGACAAGGUGUGGGUAAAUCAACCCUUUUAAAUAUGUUAACAGAAACAGAGUUAACAGAAAAAUACAAACAAAAGCUAUUCAAAUUGCAAUCGGAAGCAUUACUGAAGUCUGAAAAUGAUGUAACAAUCCCAGUACAGUAUUUAGAAGAUACUUAUUUAAAUGAUGACUUAAUAUUCAAAGCUGAAACUAUUGGAAACGUUGUAAAUUGUACAAAUGCCACCGAAGGAAUUGAUAUUUACGUAUCAGCCGACAGAGUAAUUUUUUUGGAUUGCCAACCUAUUCUGUCGGUGGGAACUUUAGUGAAUCUUUUAGAGAACAACAAUAAAAGAAAAAAUCUGGGCAGUGACUUUAUUCCCCCCGAAAACUGUGGGGAAAUACGGGGAUUACAAUAUGCAUCGUUUUUAAUGGCUGUUUGUCAUAUUUUGAUGGUUGUACAAGAGUGGUUCUUUGAUAGUAAUGUUAUAAGAUUUAUACACACAGCUGAAAGGCUGAAACCCACAAUUUCCAACAGUACUGAGGAUGAAUUCAGUGAACACUUUCCCCAUUUAGUUAUGGUGCAUAAUAGAGCACAAAUGUCUGAUUUUACACCCAAACAAGUUAGGGCAGUGCAAAAAACUUAUGAAAUGUUAUUUAAUAGUUCAAAGUUACAAUUCCAUUCGGACUUAGGAUUAGCAACGGGUGGAAUAAUGAACACUCUAGAUCUGGAUAACUGUGGAAAUAGAGUUAAUUUAUUCAUAAUACCAGACUAUAAUGAGAGUGGUGAUGGUAUUUACUCUGGCCAUCCACCACUGGAAUAUCUCGUUAAAAAACUAAGAGCCAAUUUAUUUGGAGCUACAAAAAAAAUCUUAACUCGUGAGCAACUGACUGAGAAGACAUGGUUGUUCCAUUGUAAGAAGGCGUGGGAUAUGAUUAAGACAAACCCCGAUUUUGUUCAGUACUCAAAAUUAAUGCCUUAAAAAAAUAAUCUAGAAGUUAUGUACAUUACAGCAAUUACAACAAUAAACAGUUAUUAUCAGCCAAA